AUGUAUCGACCACGAACUGUUGGCUUCAUUCGUCGGUGCACCAGUGUUGCAUUCUCGUCUCGUUCUGUACAGCUACGUUUAUUCACUUUGUCGUGUCCCAAAGGGGAAGGUCAGCAGCCAUUCUUGAAGGCCAAAUUGGAAGCAGUUCAAGGAGACAUUGGUGGUGAACAAUGGUUCCCAGAACUGGGCCGGUCUCCUUUAGGCAGAUUCUUUGUCAAUAACGGAGGCGAAGAGCUAGUCGACAAGCCUCAGAGCGAGGGAGAUGGCUCUGUGUGGAAGGCCAUGCAGGCCAUCAGCCCUCGUCAGCAAGCCGCUAUCAAGGACGUCUCAGGACUCUUCCGAGAGGAUGGAUCCGUCACGAUUGAUCCACUCUAUCUUCGAGACGCAUGUCGAUGCCGUCUCUGCAUCGACAGCUCGACCCUCCAACGGAAGUUUGUGACGGCACAUAUCCCGCUGGAUAUUGAGGCAGUUUUCGAUGGGCGCAGUAAUCAAGGAAGGGUCAAGGUCAAGUGGAAAAACGACAUACCCGGCUAUCCUGCAGACCAUCAGUCCCUCUAUACGCAGUCCGACCUUCACACCUUGAUUUUGCCAUCUCCAGAUUCAGUUGUUGCUAGAAAACGUCAUUAUUGGGACCGCGAAGCUUUCGAGAAGCGAGCCAACUGGACCACAUAUGCUGACUUUGUGAACGACACUGAAGCUUACAAAAUCGCCAUGUCUGCACUCCACCGUGAUGGCCUGAUCUUCAUAACGAAAGUGGAUGCCAAUGAGGAGGCAGUGAGGAGGAUGGCAGAGCGUAUAGGCCCACUGCGUAACACAUUCUACGGCUCGACCUGGGACGUCCGGUCAUUAGCCAAUUCUAAAAAUGUGGCAUACACCAAUCAACAUCUCGGCUUCCACAUGGAUCUGCUCUAUAUGACUAAUCCGCCAGGGUACCAGCUGCUUCACUGUCUCAAAAACUCCUGCUCAGGCGGUGAAUCUAGGUUCGCGGAUGCCUUCUUCGCUGCAACUAGGCUUCGCCAGGAUAAUGAGUCACACUACAGACAGUUGACCCGGUAUCCCGUUGAAUGGACUUACGAAAAUGACGGGCAAUUCUACAUGUCGAAGAGACCCACGUUCCACGAGGUCCAGUCCUUUAUCGGUAACGAGGAACAUGCGAGACAUCGACUUAAGCGCAAAGCGAACAAGGACAACGAUGCUGAUCUGGCCUAUGUUAAUUGGAGUCCACCAUUCCAAGGCAAAUUAUAUCACCAGCAUGAAUACCCUGAGCGAACGAAGGUGUUCGUACAAGCUACGAAGAACUUUGAUCGUAUCUUGAAUGACGAUGCCAUGGUGUACGAGCUAAAAAUGGAAGAAGGCACAUGUGCUAUAUUCGAAAACCGCCGAGUCGUGCACGCAAGAAACGCUUUCCAACUGGAGGAUGGGGAAAGAUGGCUAAGGGGUGCAUAUGUUGAUGAAGAUGCAUUCUGGAGCAAAUGCCGUGCGAUUGGAGCCGACAAGUAUGACACGUCAAAUAUAGCACAUCCAGACGGGGUCUUCGUCCGGAGAUAUGAAGCGUCUGGGAAAUACGAAAUGCCAGACAUUUCCAGGAAGGAUAACAAGGAACAGUCAGCAGACAACAGUAAGGCUGUACCUCACGCGGAACCAGGUGAACCAAAUAAAUCAGAUGAACCACAUGCGAAAGAAGAUGCACCCAGAAUUCCAAAAUCACAAAAGAAAUUCGCCCUGGAAUUGUCCCUCCGCCCCAGCAAACGACCUAAAAAGAAGAAAUCCAAAAAAACUCCAAGAGAGCAAGAAGAGGCUCCAGAAGAGCAAUAA